GUUUCAGUUGCGUCUCCCUCCUCUUCUUCAGAUAUCAACCUACUUUUCUCAUUAAAAUAUAUUAAAUAAAAGAAAAAAGUGAAGGUCCUUCUUUAUUCGUUACCUCAGUCAGCAAUGGCUCUCAGCGCCCACAACACUCUUUUUCCCAACAAGUCUUCUCUUCUUCCUCAGACCCAAUCUCUUCUCCACGCCGCUCCUUCCUCGCUCACGCUGAGAUCCACCGCCAAACCCAUUUCAGCCGUGCACGCUGCCGAUUCUUCCAAUCCUACCCCCAUUGUCCCCGCAGCCGCCUCUACGUCAGCCGCCUCCACGGCAACGGUAGAAACGAAGGCGACUCCUAAGAAAUGGGCAUUAGACAGCUGGAAAUCGAAGAAGGCGCUUCAGUUGCCGGAGUAUCCAAAUGCGGAGGAUCUCGAGUCGGUGCUGAGGACUCUCGACGCUUUUCCUCCGAUUGUGUUCGCCGGAGAGGCCCGGAGCCUGGAGGAACGCCUCGGUGAGGCCGCAAUGGGGAACGCUUUCCUCCUGCAAGGUGGGGACUGCGCGGAAAGCUUCAAGGAGUUUAAUGCCAAUAACAUUAGAGACACUUUCAGGAUCCUCCUCCAAAUGGGCGCUGUUCUGAUGUUUGGUGGUCAGAUGCCUGUCAUCAAGGUAGGAAGAAUGGCCGGUCAGUUUGCGAAGCCGAGGUCAGAUCCAUUUGAAGAGAAUAAUGGUGUGAAGUUGCCGAGUUACAGGGGAGACAAUGUAAAUGGAGAUGCGUUUGAUGCAAAGUCGAGGAUCCCUGAUCCUCAGAGGAUGAUCAGGGCCUAUUGUCAAUCUGCUGCUACUCUGAAUCUCUUGAGGGCGUUCGCCACUGGAGGAUAUGCCGCAAUGCAGAGGGUUACUCAGUGGAACUUAGACUUCACAGAGCAUAGCGAGCAGGGUGAUAGGUACCGGGAACUAGCUCAUCGAGUUGAUGAGGCCCUAGGAUUUAUGCAAGCUGCUGGACUUACAAUGGAUCAUCCUGUCAUGAAGACUACCGAGUUUUGGACAUCCCAUGAAUGCUUGCUCUUGCCUUAUGAGCAAUCACUCACUCGACUUGAUUCCACUUCUGGCCUGUAUUAUGACUGUUCGGCACAUUUCCUUUGGGUUGGAGAAAGAACAAGACAAUUGGAUGGAGCCCAUGUUGAAUUCCUCAGAGGAAUUGCCAAUCCCCUUGGUAUUAAGGUGAGUGAUAAGAUGGAUCCAAAUGAACUUAUCAAACUCAUUGAGAUUUUGAAUCCUCGAAACACACCAGGAAGAAUUACCAUCAUUACAAGAAUGGGUGCAGAGAACAUGAGGGUGAAGCUUCCUCAUUUGAUCAGGGCAGUCCGCAGGGCAGGGCAGAUUGUCACCUGGGUCUCCGAUCCUAUGCAUGGAAACACCAUCAAAGCUCCUUGUGGUCUAAAAACUCGCCCCUUCGAUUCUAUCAGGGCGGAAGUGAGAGCAUUCUUUGACGUGCAUGAGCAAGAGGGAAGCCACCCAGGAGGAGUGCAUUUGGAGAUGACAGGGCAAAAUGUUACAGAGUGCAUUGGAGGAUCACAGACUGUAACAUUUGACGACCUGAGCUCCCGCUACCACACCCACUGUGAUCCUAGGCUUAAUGCCUCACAAUCUCUGGAGCUUGCGUUUAUUAUUGCUGAGCGCCUUCGAAAGAGGAGGCUCGGUUCUCAGAGGGCAUUGGGAUAUUAAUGAUCUAUUCCGUCUUCAAUAUACCGAAUUUGCAUUUCUGCUCUGCAAACAGUGUAUGAAUUGAAAAUCUUAGUUUAAAUUAUGCUAUGUAAUGUAUGGGUUUGGAUCUCUUCUGAGACUAGAAUAAACUAAACACGUAUUUCUAUUUCAUGGUAGGUGCAGUGGUGCACGUAUUUUAACUUGCAUUUUUGUUGUAUGGAGCACUAAAUUCACAAUGUU